AUGUCGGCGCAGGGCUCGCCGUUGUCCAGCUGGCCUCCAACCCUCUCUGAUGCUCAGCUUGCAUCUAUUACAUUAUUAGCGACGACCUACGCUCUAUCACAUGGUCUUGUCUACCUUCCAGUCGAGACAGUGCAGCCCCCGGCGCCGAUAUCGACCAUCCACGCCCCGCUCGCACUCUUCCCUUCUCCAUUUCCCCGCCGUCUCUUCCAGCUCGCGCAAAGACUUCAGAACACAUAUAACGUCCUCUAUGCGCGAGUUGCAACGGACGAUGAUUUCCUAGAUCGGGUCAUGGGUGCGGUCGAAGGGGCAGGAAGGGUCGACGAGUUCACCGGCCAGCUCUGGAGGCGAUGGCAAAAGGUGCGCGACGAAGGGAUCGUCCAGCCCUUGCAUCUGGGGUUGUUCAGAUCUGACUAUAUGCUACACUCGCCCGGGAACGGCGAGCCGACGUCGCUGAAGCAGGUCGAGUUCAACACCAUUUCCUCGUCUUUCGGGACCCUCUCAGAGCGGUCUGCCGAUCUGCACAGAUAUCUUCGCAAAUCAACGGGGUACUUUGGCGUCUCGCCAUAUCUUACCGCGGACAAUUUUCCUCCCAAUCGCACGACCGCGGGUCUGGCGGAGGGACUUUCAGAGGCCCACAAGGCGUACGGCGUGCCCGGCGCCUGCAUUCUGUUCGUCGUGCAAGAUGGGGAGCGGAACGUGUUUGACCAGCGAUGGCUCGAAUACGAGCUGCUGGAAACCCACUCCAUCCACGUCGUGCGCCAGAGUCUCACGCAGCUCGGCCAGACUGCACAGGUCGACCCGACCACGCGUGUGCUGCGAGUCGCCUCCUCGUCAGGCCCGCCGGUGGAAAUCUCGACCGUGUACUUCCGCGCGGGGUACACGCCCACGGACUACCCGACGGCGGCGCAAUACGACACGCGGUACGCGCUCGAGCGCUCGCGGGCGAUCCAGUGCCCGUCGAUCGCGCUGCAGCUCGCGGGGGGGAAGAAGGUGCAAGAGGUGCUCACGCACCCGGGCGUGCUCGAGGGCUUCCUGUGUGACGUCGCGCGCUGGGGGGAGCAGGCACUCCCGCAGGCCGCUGCGGACGAGCUGCGAGCAAGCUGGAUGGAGAUGUGGGGCCUUGACGAGGACGUUGACGCGCUCGGUUCAGGUGGCGCGGUGCAGCGCGAGGGCUCGGGCGUGCGGAGGGCGCGAGAGCGAGCGGGUGCGCUGGUGCUGAAGCCGCAGCGUGAGGGAGGCGGGAACAAUGUGUACAAAGAGGCGAUCCCGCCGUUUCUGGACAGCUUGGCUGUGGAGGAGCGUGCGGCGUGGAUCGCAAUGGAGCUCAUCGCGGUACCGGAGGGUAUGGGGAGCUACCUCGUGCGUGCGGGAGGCGGGACGGACGGCGCUGUGAGGGCGGACGUGGUGAGCGAGGUGGGCAUAUUCGGGUGGGCGCUGUUUGGCGGGGCAGACAGGGCAGUGCGCGAGAAGGAGGUGGGCUGGCUGGUGCGGACGAAGGGAAAAGACAGCAACGAAGGCGGCGUCGCUGCUGGGUUUUCGGUGCUUGAUUCAAUCCUUCUUGUUGACGACUGA